GCCCCACCCUUUGUGUUACCUACCGCCCGUCAAUCAAAAUAGAAAAAAAAUCUGACAGUUAUCACCUAUUUCUACGCGUAAACAAUCAAUUUUAUUUGCUGAUAAUGUCCGGUGCCUUGUGACUAUCAGGACUCUCCGUUUCACGACAAGUCACGGAAUGACUGCCCCAGAGCAGCCGAUGAAACCAGAAGAUAUGGCUGCCUUUGACGGGGACAGCAGUCACAGCGACUUUCUGCAGCAGGAGCAAUGCAGGGGCAAUCAGGACACUCAGCCAUCACCCCUCGACCUGCUAGCAACCACCUGCAGUAAGGUUGGGUCACCAUCGUCAGAGGUGGACAGAGGUGCUGUAGCUGAUGUGACAUCAGAUGCAUCUAUUCAGCUUACUGGAACAGAGAAAUGGGAGGUGUUAACCCCCGCAACGGCAGCAAAAGAUGAAUCCGGAUUGAUACAAAUCCAAAAUCACGGAAUAUUAACAUCGAACGGACAGUACGUUCUUCCUCUCCAGAACUUACAGAGUCAGCCGAUCUUUGUGACGUCGGGAACUGACGUCUCCUCUGCCAAUUCAGUGCCUAACAUUCAGUACCAAGUAAUUCCUCAGAUUCAAACAGCAGACGGACAGCUGAGCUUCUCCACUUCCGGCAUGGAAGGAGCGACUCUGUCUCAGAAUGCCACAGGGCAGAUUCACAUCUUGCCUGACAGUAGCCAGAGUCUCAGCGUAACAUCAACUGCAAACAUCAUUAAUAGCAACCAGAACCUCAUAUCACAGACUGCUAAUGUCCAGCAGCUCCAGGGGGUUUCUCUUGGCAGCUCCACCUUCAACAACCAGGGUCAGGUUGUUACUAAUGUGCCUGUGGGUUUGCCUGGGAACAUUACCUUUGUUCCUAUCAACAGUAUGGACUUGGACUCUCUUGGCCUCUCUGGUGCUCAGACUAUAGCAACAGGGAUCACUGCCGAUGGCCAGCUAAUUAUGACGAGUCAGCACGUUGACGGCUCGGAGAGUCUGGCGAAGACAGAUAAUCACCUUUCACAGACACUACCGGUAGACGGCUCAAAUGCAAAUCACGAGAUAUAUGUGCCAACGUCUUCCUCUCAGCUACAAAUUCAAACGAACGAAUCGGGCCUGCUGACACAAGACACUUCGUUGUCAUCGGUGGGUACAGAUCAAGCCGACUCGAGUUCUGGUCUCCAGGAGGGCUUCAUCCAACAGAUCCAGGAGCAGAGCAUCCAGGUGUCCUCUGCUCAGUCCAUCAUCCAGCUGCAGCAGAUACCUAUUCAGACCACCAACGGUCAGGUGGUCCAGUCCGGGCAGAACCUGCAAAACGUGCAGCUGAUCAACCCGGGAACAUUCAUCAUCCAAGCUCAGACGGUCACGGCGUCGGGUCAGAUACAAUGGCAGACCUUUCAGGUGCAGGGAGUGCAGAACCUGCAGAACCUGCAGCUGCCAACAACACCACCCCAGCAGAUAACCCUGGCUCCAGUCCAGACCCUAUCACUGGGUUCCAGUCCAGUCAGCAUCAGCACGGGACAGAUCCCCAACCUGCAGACGGUGACAGUCAACACAAUGGCCCAACACGAAGGAGACACAGACAACUUUGGAGACAUUCGGAUAAAAGAAGAGCCGGACUCUGGAGACUGGCAGCUGAGCACCGACUCCACCCUGAACACAAGCGACCUGUCCCACCUCCGCGUCAGGCUGGUGGAUGAGGAGGACCAGCUGGGUCAGGAGGGCAAGAGGCUGCGCAGAGUAGCGUGUACUUGCCCCAACUGUAAAGAGUCCGGUGGGAGAGGGUCCAGCACGGGGAAGAAGAAGCAGCACAUCUGCCACAUUGCCGGCUGUGGGAAAGUAUACGGAAAGACGUCACACCUGCGAGCACACCUGCGCUGGCAUUCAGGGGAGCGACCUUUUGUUUGCAGCUGGAUGUUCUGUGGGAAGAGAUUCACACGCAGCGACGAGCUGCAGAGACACAGGAGAACACACACAGGAGAGAAGAAGUUUGUCUGCCCAGAAUGUUCAAAGCGCUUCAUGCGGAGCGACCACCUGGCGAAGCACAUUAAAACUCAUCAGAACAAAAAAGGCGUGAACUCCGGCAGCGCCGCGGUGGCCUCGAUGGAAUCCGCGGGGUCCUCAGACAGUAUCAUCACCACGGCGGGCGGCACCACCCUCAUCCUCACCAACAUCCAGCAGGGGUCCAGCACCGCCCAGGACAUCCUGGCCAACGCAGAGAUCCCGCUCCAGCUCGUCACCACCGUAGCGGCCAGCGAAGUCAUGGAGUGAUUUGCACUCCGCUUAUGAACUUCGACAACCUUUUCUCAUACCGUAUACUCCUACCUGCAUUUUUAUUCGCGUUUUGAAGAAAAACUAAAAUUCUAAAUAUAUAUUUUAACACAGAAAUAGUCCGGACAUGUCCGUACUCGGUUUCCACUGAGGAGAAACUAAGUGGUGGAGACUGAAAGAAGAUAACGGUGGAAAAAAAGACAUUGCAGUAAACACACAAGGAAAUGCCUUAUUUUGUACAAUAUCAUGUCGUUGGAAAUGUAGGAUGCCAUUUUGUUUUGAACCUACUUAUUUUGUGUUAUUGUGUUUUUCACAAAAAAAUAUUGGUAAGUUGAGCAAAUGUUUUUUUUUUCAUGGUAUAUUCUUAUGUUUGUUCCAUCCUUUAAGCAAAGAUUUAAUCUCACAACAGAGCUACAUUUAAGUAAUGUUAUUGCUUAUGUCCAUGCAGAUGUAUUCAUGUUAUGUUUUAUAUAUAUAUAUAUAUAUAUAUUAUGCAUAUUCUUAUUUCUGUGUCCUCUUCUUGCAAAUCGUCCGGCCCUCUUUAAAACCGUUGCUCACAUUUUGCAGGUGAAAAUCAAAAAAAACAAUCAAAAUUUUGUAUUUUAAUUCCUUUUGAACAUAUACUGUUGAUAUGAUGCACAUUAUUUGCUUAUUAAAUAUUUUACUGAACCGCUAUUUAUAUUUAGGCUUUACAUAGACAACGCAUUUGUGAUAUUAAAAGUCAAAAAUAUUUCAAAUGGCUCCAUUAUAUGUCAUUUAAAUGUGUUUUUGUAAAACCUUUUUGGAGGGGGAAAAAAACAUUGUAAUAUUUAGAAGAAAAGCCAUUUUUGUUUUUUUGGAGGUAAUUGCCAAAUUUGACUACAAACUCAGGGUGACUUGUGACUGUGUUCUAUAAGUGGAGUAAAUCACCUCUGUAGCGUCUCGGGCCGUUGGUGGUGUUUGAUGACGGACCAAAAGCUGAGGUGCUCGUUGAGUUCUACCAUGUCAGCUGUUGCGGUGAGGAGGCCCCGGUUCAUGUUAUAGAAACAGCUUUGCAGAAUCCUCAUCAGCAUCUCGCUCCAUCAUGCAGUCGGAAGAACGUAGUGCAUUACUGAAAGCGGUACUCUUUUUAACAGCACUAUUCUCAUCACUUCAUCUUGUUGUUAAUCCUUUUGUAUGCAUUUCUUUUGUAUACUUCGCAAGAAACUGUCCUUUAUAUUCAUUGUCAGUAAAUGUAAAAUGUUUGUCUUUUUGUUGAUACCAUUUACUUUAACUUUAUGUUGCAUUUUCCUCUUCCACGUUAUCGUGUUUUUUAUUUUAUCUCUGAACCCCUUCCUCCCCGACUGUUGAAUUGUCAAUUUAAAUGCACACUGAACAGUGAAUUAUGGUGGCAUAUUUGAUUAGAUUUUGGACACGUUGUCCUCUUCAGGAGAUGAAUGCUUUACCCCCCCAUUAAAACAGCAUCUUUAUAUUAUGUACUAAACACUGUUUAGGUUUGUUUUCACUUCAAAAUCUUCUGUAUAAAUAUGUCAAUAUAACAUCAAUAUAAACCUUCUGUUACACUUGAAUUUUCUUUCAUUUUUCCUGAAUUGUUUUCUGUUAUCAAACGACUAAACGUAAGACGAGUUAGAAUUACACUUGAAACCUUUUGUUUUGUGUCUUUUCGACGACUUGUCAUCGUGACAGAGGUUCGUCCUCCCCCCGCGGCUCUUACUCUGGGUUAGUAGUCCAGUAGAUGUCACUACAGCCAAGGGAGCAGGACGAGAGGUAUGUUUGACCCCUCGGCCUUCCCCCGUGUAGCACCGCUAAGAUAAGGACAGAAGUCACCGAGGCUAACAGGAGGUGUGGACCCCUCAGUUAACCACAAGUUAAUGUCACACAGAAAUGUCAGCAACAUAUUCUGCUGCUGGAGAACAAAGUACUGUCUCGUGACUUUGAACAAACCCUACAGACGCAUCAGAGGUAACGGCUCCUGGUUUUAUGACCUACAUUCAUGUAGAUUUGAGUUAAUUACCAGGAAUCUAUUUAAAUAACCUGCUCCUUUUUUUGUUUCUGACUUCUAAGAGUCCACACAUUUUCCUGCCACUAUCAUUUACCAGAGGUACCAAUCAUUUCUUAAUAUUUUGAUAUAUUAACCUGAUAUUACGUUCCCACAGCAGCACACGCAUGCUGCAUCAGUAUCUGUGUCUCUUACACUAAAUGGGACAUUUGACUAAUUAGGUACUGUUGCUAUUUUUUCGUUAAUAUUAAAGACAGCGGCAUAAGGGAGUUAAAUAUGUAUUAUAGCCUUCCUGGUUUUAGUGCCUGUGAACAUAAUUAAAAUGGUAGUCAAUGAAAAGCUUUAUCUGGUUAAUCAGAAUGAAAAGCACAUGAUGUUUGAGUCUUUGUCAAUUUGCUGAAAGCGAGUCAGACGAUGUGGUCUAUAACAUUAAAAAGGACUCGUCCAUAUUGUCGUUCCUUUCAUUUGCAUAAUUUAAUGAAUCCAAUUCAUUGUAAUGCAAUACCAAGUGCACCAGGAACAUAGAAUGACAGUUUGAGUUAAUGAAAUGUGUUAACGGUAUCAUCAUUUACUUGUAUGUUAAUUAGUCCAAUUAAUUUCCCCUGCUCGGUAAUCUGAAUAUUGUAAUAAUCUUUUCUCCCCUGCAGGAAUGAACCUGUGAUACACAGACCUUUGGGACAAUCUGCGAAGAGAAUCCUGGGUUUUUCCAGUUGAAACAUGAGUGCCUUCAAAUAUUUCUUAGGUGUGAAGUACAGGAAUAUUCCUGCAGUAUUUAGGGAAUUUGUGCUUGAAUAUUAUUUACCAGAGUUUGUGUACAGUCUGCCUUUUAGCUUUUAUGAUGCAAAUCACACCCACAGUUGGAAAUGUGUUGAGGAGGAUUUGUCCGGUGCCAGACUCAGGAUAACUUUCACCUGCUUGACAAACGGCCAUUGCA